GUUGAACGGUGCCGCUUCUGCUCUCCCGCAAAUGAGUAAAAACUCCGCAACAUCAUCUCCAACGACCGCGCCUGCUUGCGCUGCAACCAACAUGCCAGUGGCGCCCACAGCCUCUUCAACCACCACAAAAACUACCAUUUCGCUGCAGCUUCUCGCUGAGGCCUUUUUUGACGGUGACGCGGAGCACGCAAAAAAGUUCAAGCUGAAGGCCAUUGUCUUCCCCGUUUUCGCCCUGGCCGUCGAAUCCUGGCUGGAGUCCAUUCUGGUUCGGCGUGGCGGGUGCGACUUUCUCAAGAUCUAUUUUCUUUCCGGUUCGCACCAACGAACAAAAAGGAGCGAAACCUUCACCACCGAGUCCGCGGCCCGGUGCCUGGUGCGGUUUGCGGAGCGCGUGCUGAAAACCCGGUUUUUCGCUGCGGCAACUCAUUCGAACGCCGGCAGUGUCAGGAACUCCGCCAACUCAACGACGACAGAAACUACCAAGGUGGUGCCUCCGAAGUGGCUCCGGGAUUCCACCAGCAGUCGUCUGGACGCGUUAAACAUCUGUCUGCGGUGCAUUCACAGCGGCCCCGGGGUGUUUCUGUACGACGAGAACGUGCGAUUUAUGAACAACGAGUGUCUACCCUAUUUGGAUUCGGAUCGUCAGCAGUGCGUUCAGUACUUUCAGAAGCACUUCCCGCACAGGGAUUGGGCACAGGUAGAAGAGACACGAGUUUGAUGGUCUUAUUCAGUGUAUAUAACGCUGUAGUCAUGUUUUUUCGGAAGAUUCGCACCUUUUAUUGAUUUAUAUGACGAGACGAGCUCAUUAACGAUGUAUGACCACCUGUGCUGGUCCUCGACUGGUGCCAAAGCCAAAAGUGACUCAAUUACAACUCAGGAAUUCGCUGUCUCCUUCAUUCUCGCCGAGGGUGCGCCCGCCCGCGUUUCGGCGAUCACGCAGUCCCUGCACCAGUUUCGGCCCAAUUACGUGCAUAUCCUGCGCCCCAAAUCCUACCGCGACGAGCCCUUCCUCCGCGCCGACGGGGUCCAAGCAUUACCCUUUGACAAAGCCUCGGUCGCCCCCGCCAUCCCCAUCAAUGGCCACUUUGUCAGUAGUUUGAAUUUGUUUUUCCAGCAAGGAGCUGGAACAUCAGGCAACAUGGUGAUGAGCCCAGGAGGCGGAAUGCACAACCGGAGCCUGCUGCAGCAGCGGGAGCGCACCUACACGGGCGUGGCCGAGCUGGACAACCGCAUCAGGCUCGUUUUGAAGGAGAUGCUGGCCCACAAGAAGGCGGUGGAGCAGCUCGGCUCCUCCAAGGACGCGGAGCUGGCCGGGUUUUGGCUUCGGAAGACGCGGAAGCCGGUUUUGUGCGUGUUGAUGGUGGAGAAGGAGGAGGAGGUGCAAGUGGUCAACAGCUCCCAGCAGAAACUCGCGAAGGUCCGCAAGUUUUACCGCGGCCUGAACCUCGAGGUCAGCAUGCCGACCGGGUCGCUGUGUGCGGAGCGGAAUUGCAUCGGCCAGGCCGUCGCCGCGGAUCCGACCUUGCGGCGGGAGCACAUAAAACUCGUGGCGGUCUUUAUGCAUUGCAAAAGUAUCGUACUUACUAGUAUAAAAUGCAUUACAAAUUUUCCCAACAAAAAAAUUCAAUUUGUCAUGCUAUUUCAGGUAGAAAGUUGGAUUUGUCAUGCAAUUAGUACGAGAUACUUUUGCACAGGAUAGUCUUGUCGCUGCCGCAAAUUGGCAGUGGGGCGUCCUCGAGCAGUGCGGCGGAACAAGAAUUUUUCCCGAAUCUCCAUGAUUUCCUGUCUAAUCUCCAUAAUUUCAAGUAUUGUCAUGGGUUUCUGCAUUAAAAACGAAGGGAACAAGUAUUGUCAUAAACGUAUUGCAUAACGUAGUAAAAGGAUUUAUUUCUUACUAGUAGUGAUCAAGGAACCUCAACCUCUUCAAAAUCUUUCACGCACAUCCUGGUACCACCCCCUCCUGUAAUUUCUCCAUCCCUCUAAUGCGGAAUCCCCAACACAGAAUGGGACCCGGUUUUGUCCUUCAAGGCCACCUCUUUGUACAAAUCCUUGUUUUCGUAUUACAGUGCACAACCCCCCCUCCCCCUCAUUUCUAUUUUUGCAUGAACAGCAACACAAACACCAACACACGUGGAGCCUUUGCAUGGCAAAUUUAUGUACCUCAUGUAAGUACGUACUGUUUGGGCUACCAGAACUUGUCAUGCAACCAGUGCCAAGAGGCACAGAGAGAGUUUAGGAUUUUGCAUGACAAAUGAGGGGUACGAGGGGAAGUUGUGCCCUGUCAUAUUUCGUUCAGCUGUUUUUUAUACCCAGGAAUCAUCUGCUCCAGCUUGUUUUUCCAUUUCCCCUGCACGAAAUCCUAUGCAUUGCAAAAGUAUAGCGCUAGUGUAACUCGCAAUACAAAUUGGCUCAGCAUUACAAACUAAAUUUGCAAUGCGGAUUUACCUUAACAAGUAGAUUUGUAAUGCAUAAUUGCGAUUUUUACUACGAGCACGAUACAACUUUUGCACAGGAUAGAUCCGGCCACGCUUUUUCCACCACGUCCAAGGCGAUUUGCACGGAGACGCUCGCCCCCGGACUCGCGCCCAUUAAGCCGCUGAUGGUGCGGUCCGCUUUCUGGAUGAUCUCGGUGCCAAAUUGAAUAAUCCCGACUUUCGCCUUGUCUUCCUUCAUGAUUUGCACCUGAGACGAGAGUGGUUGUUUGCUGAAUGUGUUGCGCGUUGCUGCACUAUAGAAUUAGAAGAGCAAAUUGUCUCUCAUGAAAUAAAAUACAGCAUGACAAAGCAAUUGGAAUUGCUUCAAUCCACUUAUAGAAGAAACCGAGAGUUAAAGUUACACCCUCUGUCCCGCCGUAAUUUGCGACCAGUCCUCAUCCUGUGCGUUUGGAAAGAAUUCCCGCAAAACUUGCAUCCGUUCGGCCUUCGUGGACGAUGGGAGAAAGUGAGCCUUCGUACUUACACGCACUGGCGCGUGCUUUCAGUCCCAGCCCCUGCGGAGGGCACGUACUUGCACGGCGGACGCCAUCGGGCGGCCUCUGCCCAGAGUGGCCCCACAGGAGCGGUAGCCCCUUCCUGCCCCCCAUUUAGGAGCUUUCUUUCAGAUGUUUCACACUUACUGGGUGGUCGUGAGUUGGCUUUCUUGUCGGCGAUCUUGUUUUUCGAUACGACUGAUACGUCUUAUCGGGCGCCUGUGGACUUAGGAUCUUCUCUUUUUUUAUUCCCAUCUCCAUUGAGCAGAGUGGUGGUUUCCGAGUUCUGGUUGGACCCUUAAGCUCUUGGCCCUAGAUGGGCAAACUUGGGGGUGCUUUUGUUCGUGCUUUUACGAGUAGCGUGCAUGGGUUUUGCUCGGCCUUCGAGUUGUUAAGGCACUGAGGCCUGGUUUGGGGAGGCCUGACUGAGCGGGAAUUCUCUACAGGUGCCACUUCGUUUAGCGGAUCGGCGUUCCUGUGAGGGAACGGGGCUGUGUGUUCUGCUUCUGAUCCUGACGAGUUCGGGUUUCUACAGCGGCGCGGUGCCGUGGAUUUUGUGUGCCCAGACAGCUAGAAAAGGUCGCGUCUCCGGACUCCUUAUCUCUUGCUUCCGCUCUUAGCGCCGUCUGGAAGGACGGCGCUAAGAAUUCUUCCCGAAUCUCCAUGAUUUCCUGUCUAUCCCGCAGAAAAUUUAUUUCCGUACUUACUACGACGGGCGCUUUUAACAAUGGAGAAGAACGUCUUGACAGACUUGUAUUCUGCCUUUCGAAGGAGCAAUACGACCUAUAGUGUGAGCAUCUUCAAUUCUUGUGCGCAUACUUCGAAUCAUGCACGCCCCGGUCGCUUAUAAUUUAUUGCUGUUUUUGGCAACAACUCUGAAGGAGUAUGUAUUACUUUUUGACAAGACUCAACUCUUCGAAUGUGCUGUUCUGAAUGAAGCCCAUGAUUUUUUGCAUAGGAUAUUGUCACAGCGAGAACGCAUCCUGGUGAGCCACUAUGAAACGUUGCAGUCGCUCACGCGUUACGCAAAGGAUGAAGACGAGCGCAGCGCAGAUAACGAUGCUGCGAUACGAAGCGUGACGAGACAAGCGAACCGACACAAGGCGGACCCUAGCAACGGAGAAGAAAACGCUGACCGAACGGGCGGAAACGAAGUGGAAGAGCAAGGGAGAAGAAUAAGCCGUGCAGCUCAAGUUCCAAGCAACGAACAUCGGAACGACGUGCGACGGUCUCUGCUUUCGCUGCGACAGGACCGCUACCAACUGCAAAUACGUCUGGGUCUAGACGAGACAAUUCGUGCUUUCAUUCUGGGUGCUGAUAAUUGACUCUAUUUUUGAUUCUUUUGAUGCUUGUUGUGUUAAUCAGGCAAUACAGUAGAUUUCACAGGUGGAUCGCAAGGCAUCGCACAAUGCGGGUUGUUUAAGUUUUCCUUUUCCAGACCCAGACACGAUUGUAGUCCAUAGCCGCAUGAUGCUGUUGGAUCAGCGCCGAUCGCGUUCCGCGCUGAGCAGACGAGACCAGGGCCGCCUCGGCGUGGAUUCACCUGCUCUAGUGCAGCAGGCCGAGAACGGGCCCGAGAUCACGAAAUCUAGUACUCCACCACCGGAACAUAGCUACAGUUCUAGUGAAACAAAGAAAGUCCCACUUUUGAAGCUGAAGGCGUCUCUGCUGCAAGCAAGGACGAGUGGUGAUCUACUUCCAAGCAGGAGCGCACGAGCUAGCAAAGCAGAGCCGUUCUUGCAAAAUAACCGACGCCGCGUGCGCGGCGGUCCGGUUUCAGCAUCAUCUCCUCCCGUAACCACGAUGGCUACAAGCGAACAAUCGCCAAAAGUCGCAAAAAACUGGUCACAAUUCAAGAACUUGUGUACUUCCGCGAAGUCGGAGGGAGAGCCGCUUGCUAUUCUCGAAAUGGUAUCAGAAUGAAAGACCUUCCCUCAUCCGCAGAUCCAUCAAGAGGCAACUCCUCAUGCUGCAUUUGUGCACACAAAUCCGCGCGUUCUUUGAGGCAUAUAAUCCUGAGUCUGUUUAUGUACUUACUUAUGCAGCGCACCAGCUACCGAGCAUGGCGGGCAUCUUUGCAGCACUGGAGGACGCGUUACAGAUUGGCUGUACAAAGCGUCCCAUUGCAUUUCCUCUGUGUGCAAGCACCGGUGAUUUGUUGCUACAAAUCAGCAACACGAACCCCUCGCUCGAGUAUGGAGAGGGCGGGGAAUUUUUUUUCAUGUUGAUAAGUGAAACUCUUUCUGCAGGCACUCUUCGCAGCAAAGCGCGGGGUGCUGAAAAACGAAAUAAAUUCACCGCACGACCGCCAGGUAUGGCGGCAACCGGUCCACGGGGUUGCAACUGCUCCGAACGAGGUUCAAUCGUCAAGGUACUUACUUAUCAUGCUCUAGUUUGUCAUGGAGGUGGAUGUUGAUAGAUCAUGAUGACGAGAGUUUAUUACCAUGUUGUUGAAAUGUUUUACCUAGACUCAAACACAAAUUGUAAUUGAUUCCAGGUCCUCGAGCACCCCCGCGCCUGGCAAUGCGCUUCACGAAGUUCGGUCUAUUUCUUCGCGUGGUCGUCGACCGCAGGAAGAACAAGAUACUGGCUCUUCGUCACGAGAGGCGAGACGCUCCUUGUCCAUGCGUACGCUUUCGGUGCUGCGCGCCAUAAUUCGACGUGUCCACCAGCGCCGGACUCUCGGUCGGCAAGAAAAAGAAGUCGCGCACCCCACAGGAGCUUCGCCCACCGAGGGCACGCAAAUAAUAUAUUACGCGAGAAGAAACGACGUGAAGGCCGCGUCGUGUUCCGGUACACCGACGUGCUUCAAGGGGCGGGAAGCGAUUUUUCACGACCACACGGCGGCUGCAGCCGACGUUAAAAACGCGACAUUCGUCCUGAACGACGAGCACCGCACGACUUGCAAAAAUAGUACCGCCGUGCACCACCAAAUGGUGGUCGCGAAGAACUGCACCAUCAAUCGCGAGAAAGUAGGCUCGUGCGAGGAGUCUGACUCCUCGCGAGUAAGAGAAUGGCCUUCACUGCAGUCUAUACGUCGACUAUGGCGAGGGGCUGGCGCUUCGAAAACGACUCCCCGCAAGUCCCCGCCUCUGUUCGCCGCUGCCGUGGCGGUCGGUGAGGGAACGAAUCUGCAAGAGCAGGUAUACGGAAAUGAAAUGCAUUCUGUGGUCGUGGUCAGUGAAAAAGUUUUCUCAGCAUGAGCACAACUUACUUCACUAGCAACAUCCGUGUUGAGUUGCUUUAUGUUAUUGUCAUGCUCUCUAUAAUUUCCGAGGACUCGCACGAGGGCCGAUUCUGGUUUUAUUGUGUAGCACUCUUUAUUUUUCCUUGUCACCUUCCACCUGUGCCUAUGAUCGGACUAGCGGAAUAAAAAAAAAUAGGAGCGCCGUCUUCUUCGGGAAGGGGAGACGCAGAUGAGAACCACGCAGGGGGAGGAAAUCUUGCUCGAGCAGAAGCAAGCACGGAAAGAAGCAAAAACGACACAGAAGGAGGAGCAGCAGCACGCGCGCAAAAAAGAAAAAAAGACACAACAAGAGGAACACAUAAUAUCCAGUCAAGAAAUAAAGUGUGCUAGCGUUUGAUAUCUUUUUCGGAAAACAUCCUUGAUAUGUCUUUACAAAUUUGUAGUCCGACAAAAAAGCAAAAGGAAAAGCUUGUCACGCGCAGUAGAGAGUGCGUGACCAACAUGCGCUUGAAUGAAUCCUGCAAUGCAGGACUAGCAUGGCAACUGUUUCCAGGUGUCUUGCAUGCCAAACCUGACAGCCUCACACUGACACACUUUGAAACUAAACACAAAUUCAUCAACUUCGACGACGUGAAUGAGCAAUUGGAAGAAAACUGGAGUGCCCACCACGACUCCACUAUGGGGUUUGACAACACAGACCCUGGUAUCCUAUGUGGAAACGUCCUUCCGCCCACCGAAAAGUGAAGAUGGGAAUCUGGCUACAACUUACACAGCAAGUCAGUAUGGGAUAGAUGUUGAAGAGGCACUUAUUUGGGUAUUUUUUCUGGACGAGAGCGAGAGGGGAAUAAUAAUAAUAAAGACGGGCUUUUGAUGAUGUACUUUUUUUCAGAUUCAUGUGUAGGUCUAGGUGCGGUCUUUUCAGUCAAAAACACACAACAAACAAAAAAUGAUAUCAUGCUCAACAAAUCAAUUUUUGAGCUCGCAGCUUAAUCCUAUUUCGCUAAUGCAGCCGCAUCAUCGAAGAAGUCGGUCGCCUAAACCUGAUGCUAGCAUGACAAGAUCACAGAUAGCAUAUAGAUAUCUCUCCUCUUCCUCAUGGAGCUGUGCAUGAGAAACUUUGAUUUUGGGCUGCAUGGGGUGGGGAGGACGUUUUCGCACAGGAUUCCCGGCUUCAAAGACCCUGCAGACGCCGAAAAGUUUGAAAACUUUCUCGACUUGCUGCAGACGGAUCCGGAUAAGGCGGCAGACUUUUCGGCCGCGGAAGACCUGGACCUGGACCGCGUGCCGGCUCCCCAGCAACUGGCCGUGUUGGAAUCCAUGGCAGACGUGUGGGGAAAAGACGAGGCCGAGCACGCUUUUCCCGACAAUAAGUUUCCAAACGUCCACCACGACGGCGACGAUUGGCCGAAAGACUUCAGCGAAGUUUGGGUGAAAUUGCCAAAAAAACCCCACGAACACGGGGAGACGCCCCGCAAAGCUUUUGGCUGGGGGUUCCACGAACACAUGGAGAAACGCUUCAAGGAUCGGGUGUUUGACGAGGACAAUAAGCACAAGGAUAAGAUCCUCACUUGGAACGACCUCGACGCCUACGCGGACGUCCGGGGGAAGCACAAGGAUGCGCUGUACGAAUAUCCUGAGUAAAAACAUCCCCACACCAGAGUCAAGAUGGGGAUUUUGCAACACAAACCUAGAACUUUUGGGAGUCACGCAUCACAAGUUGCAGUCCGUAGUGUAGUGCAGGUUCGCAAGGCCAGCUGCGUCAGAAAUCCAUCUGCUCAUCCUGUUUACAGCAUUACAAAUUCCAAAACACGAAUGGAAAUGGCUCUCAUGGGGAUGCGCAUUACAAGUCUUCCUGUCUUUGCAAAUCUGCAUUACAACUCUGGCGUGGGUACGUUUUUACUCAGGAUAACGAACUCGAUUGGGUAGAGAUGGGCGGCGAUUUAUGGAGAGAAAAAAGUUUGUCACAGUCACUGCCUUGCAGGUUUUGCAUUACAAAUUUUUUCAGCGUCACAGCUUUCCCCUGUAUUGCAGAAACACUAGGGAAAUCCCUUACGAAGUUUGGCUGUGAUGCAUUUUUACGCAUGACAGAAAGUUUUGUAUUGCAAAAAUGCGCAUGAGUGAUCGUGACGAACUUUUUUUGUUUGAUACGAUUCGGAUAUCGUAACGAAGAAUUUUUCCCUCUGCUCGACGUUUGUGUUAGGAAUUUCUGUGUUCUUCCGAGUAGAGAUUUGUGAUGUAGAAGUACUCACAUAAAAAAAUCCUCGUCUUGUAUGGCUAGAAAUAAGGGCAAAGAAGUACUUUUUACGCUCGCAGCUUAGCUUGCAGGCUAUUUGUCAUGCCUUGUCGUGCCAUGCAGCUGCUCUACUCUGUGAAGAUGCCCAAGACCACGCAAAUGGCUGUUUAAGAAUGCCAGACAGAACCACAUGUCGUAUGAUCUCUGCCACAUCGCUUUAAAGGUGAGAAGUUAGGUUGUGUGCGCAAAAAAGAAAACCGCUUUUCUGUAGUAGUUCUUGCUUCGUUGAUGAAUGAGGGGAGAGGCGAUUUUUCACUCUCAUAUGUGA